GUGACAUCACUUGUCCGGCCCUGCACUAUAAACUGUCUACAGCUACUGCCGACGUGGCGGGUGGGAGGAAGUAGAAGGCGAUAGCAGCAUCUCUGUGCUUUGACAUAAAUCAGAAUGUCUGAUACUGCAGACAAUGGCUCUACUGGACCAGCUUUCCCUGAUGUCGAAGCUUUAACAAUGGAGACAAAAGUGGGCAGUGUGGAAUUGGGUGAUGUCUCUGCAAAUCUGACUGAAGUAGCUGCAGCGAUGAAUGAAACUUCAGACAAUGUGCAUAAGGAUGUUUCAUUUAGUGGUGGCAACAAUAGUGUAUACACCAAGGACAGACUCCAGACUGAACCCAAAGACCUCAUUCAGCAAGGAAUGCCAGUGGAAGAUGCAGCUGCAAAUGCAGUUCCUGCCACUGAAGACCUACUUGGCAGUACAAUGGCUGAGUGUAGCGAAUCUGUAAAUCUUGAACCAGAGCAUACAGCUGAAGCAACACCAGAUGGGGAUGAUAAUCAGGAUACUUCCUCCUCAGCCAAAGGUGGUAGUUGGGGGACAUGGGGGUCCUGGGGGAAGUCAUUGCUUUCAACAGCAACUGCAACUGUUGGACAUGGGUUAACAGCAGUAAAAGAAAAAGCAGGAGCCACACUAAGAAUGCGCAGCUCCCAUUCAGCAUCUGAAGAGAGUGCAGAGCCCAGCACGGAUGAAAAUAAUUUACAAGGUGAAACAGAGGAGAACCAGACUGCCUUGGAGUCUCCUGCAAUUUCUCCUACCUCAGUCCCUCGUGGAAUGUUUUCUACCAUUACAAAUGUUGUACAGAACACUGGAAAAAGUGUGCUGACUGGAGGGCUUGAUGCUCUAGAGUUUAUUGGCAAGAAAACCAUGAACGUUCUUGCAGAGAGUGACCCAGGAUUCAAAAGGACAAAGACGUUGAUGCAGCGAACUGUGUCUUUAUCUCAGAUGUUAAGAGAAGCAAAAGAGAAAGAAAAACAGAGACGAGGUCAACAGGUUAUAGCUGAGAGAACAGCCCAUUAUGGAAUGCUUUUUGAUGAGUUUCAAGGUCUGGCACAUCUAGAAGCAUUGGAGAUUCUGUCCAAUGAGAGUGAAACAAAGGUUCAAGCGGCUUUGCUGUCGCUAGUGGGAGAAGAGCUAGAAGUUUUAAAAAAUGAACUGAUUGCCAUCAAAGAUAUAUUCCUACAGAAAGAGUUUGAUAAAGAAGACGAAGAGAAAGGAGAAUUAGAACAAGAAAGCAAUGUCGUAAUGAACACUGACCCUUCUUCUGGAGCCUCAAGCCCUACACUGGAAAAUCCACAGUCUACACUUUCUGUUACUGAAGAAAAUGCCCAAGGGUUUGUCAGCAUGCUGACUGAAUUACUGUUUGAGCUGCAUGUUGCUGCCACUCCUGACAAACUUAACAAGGCCAGAAAACGAGCCCAUGACUGGGUGAGAGAAGCAACUGCAAAGGCAUCUGCAGAUGUUGCAGAAACUGAUGUUGAAGAAUUGGAUAAGGAUAAAGGAAAUCCAGAAUCAGUAAGCACGGAAAGUAAAUCUGAAAAAGAAAGCGAUAGUAAACUGGGAAAAACAGUGGAGGACAUUUACAUGGCUUCCAUUGAAAGCUUGGCAGAGGUGACUGCACGUUGUAUCGAACAGCUUCACAAAGUAGCAGAACUGAUUCUUCAUGGACAGGAUGUGGAAAAAACAGCCAAAGACCAAGCUGUUGUGCUGACAAGACUGACUGCUGCCAUGUGCAAAGAAGUGUCAUUGCUGUCUAUGAGCUUUGUGGACUGCUUAACUGCAGCUGGGAGCAAGAAAAAGGCUGAGGUUUUAAACCCACUCACUAACAGUGUCUUACUAGAGGGUUCCAACAGUAAUACUUACAUCCAAGAUGCCUUCCAGCUACUGCUUCCAGUGCUGCAGAUUUCCUACAUCCAGACACAGCAUUCCAAAAGUGAGAGCUGAAAUUCAUGUUUUCAACCAAGUUGUCACAUUUCUAUCUGCACAAAAGGAGGACAUGUUUUGCAAAGAUAAAGGCAUUUUAUUACCAAAAGAUUUACUUGUUUUUAGAUUACAUUUGCAAUUUUGCAACAGUAGAUAAAUACACAUAAAAACUCAGUUUUAACAUUUUUAUCAAAGGAGUACCAGGAGUUAAUCCAUAACUUAUUUCAUUAUAUGAGAUAUUGUGGAAUCUUCUCUUGGGUAUGAAAUUCAAAUUUGUAUCGUAAUGGCAUACUACAGUUAGGAAGAGGUACAAAAGUGUGCAGUGUUCCAAUUUGUUCUUAAAGAAAUUAUACCUGAUUAAUGGUAAAUAUGAGCAAAUAAAAAAACAUAAAUAAC